GCAUGCCCAGUUUUCAACACACGGCGGGCGGCUUCACAAAUUGCUAACUAGCUGAAUCAUUUGGUGGAAGUCUCCUUGUUUCUCGUGAUUGUAUUUGUGUUGCAGUGCAAUGGCGGCAAGAUACGACAGAGCUAUUACUGUCUUCUCUCCAGAUGGUCAUCUCUUCCAAGUGGAGUAUGCACAGGAAGCUGUAAAGAAAGGUUCCACAGCUGUGGGAAUCAGAGGUAAAGACAUUGUUGUCCUUGGUGUCGAGAAGAAAUCUGUGGCAAAGCUGCAGGAAGAAAGGACUGUCCGUAAGAUAUGUGCCCUGGACGAGCAUGUCUGCAUGGCUUUUGCAGGUCUGACAGCAGAUGCCCGUAUCGUGAUAAACAGAGCUCGGGUUGAGUGCCAGAGCCACAGGCUAACUGUAGAGGACCCAGUCACAGUGGAAUACAUCACACGCUACAUUGCCACACUGAAACAGCGCUACACUCAAAGCAAUGGGCGCAGGCCAUUUGGGAUCUCUGCGUUAAUUGUUGGCUUUGACGACGAUGGAACCCCCAGGCUGUACCAGACGGAUCCUUCAGGAACCUACCAUGCCUGGAAGGCAAAUGCCAUCGGUCGUAGUGCAAAAACUGUAAGGGAGUUCCUGGAGAAGAAUUACACAGAUGAAGCCAUUGCUGGGGACAAUGAAACAAUCAAGCUGACUAUCAAAGCCUUGCUCGAGGUUGUCCAGUCAGGAGGGAAAAAUAUUGAACUUGCUAUUAUCAGACGAAACAAGCCACUCAAGAUUUUGGAAGCCAAGGAAAUUGAGAGCCUGGUGGCUGAGAUUGAGAAGGAAAAAGAGGAAGAGGCAGAGAAGAAGAAGCAGAAAGGCAAAUCCACUUGAAGCAAUCAACUGAGACCUUUUCUUCAUUGCACUUGAAUGACAAUAGAAUAUUUGGGUUGCAGAUAUUAGUAAGUUUUAGAGGGUUUACUUCUCUCACUAAUUUCAUUGUGCAGAGCUAAAUCAUAACUUGAGAUCUGUUCAUGUUGUUCAAAUGUUUUGCGUGUCAUCUGCAAAGAACAUCAAUUACCCAUAAUUUCACUUAUUGAGUUGACAGAUAUUUAAAAAGCAAAUGCAUAGAUCUCAAGUUAGGGAUUAGUUCUUAAACCACGCUUACAGGAUGUUUUAUAUCAUACACCAAACAGCUCCGAUGGGAUAACUCAAAUGUUGAAAUAAACCAGUUUGUCACAUUCAGAAACAUGAAAACGAAAUGCUCAAUAAAAGCUGACUUGUUUGUAAAA